UAGUUGUGCAUUUAUUUUAUCAAUUAGAUCAAUUACACCUGCAGAGCAGUGCUGCAAGUUUUCAGCCUUUUUUUCCCUCUUCUCUUUACCAAUCUUACGCGUGAAGCCGGCGCUCGCAGGUUAAACAAGGGACAAGCUGUUUUGUUUUCAGCUGUGCGAUUUCAAUUGGCCAGUUUUCCUGCUCGACUUAGCCUGUGGAGGUGGUUGGUAGGUAGGCUGGAACCUAAGUGUGUGUGUGUGUGUUUAUAUGUGCGGACAGUGUGUACAGCUGAAAGCCGGUUACCUAAAAGGGCUGUGCCAGGCCAGGCCAAAGUGGGUUAAUAAAAAUAACCAGCGUAGGAGCAGCGACAAUCCAGGAGUGCAGGCAGAGGAGUUGGAGAGAAACAGAGAGAGGAUCGCAGAGACAAGAAUCUGUCGCUGCUGCUUUAACAGAGAUUAAGUCUGUCUGAGGGUUAUGAGGACGGCAAGAUGGAGUUCCCAGACCACAGCAGACAUUUACUCCAGUGUCUGAGCGAGCAGCGGCACCAGGGCUUCCUGUGCGACUCCACGGUUCUGGUGGGCGAUGCUCAGUUCCGGGCCCACCGGGCUGUGUUGGCCUCCUGCAGCAUGUACUUUCACCUCUUCUACAAGGACCAGCUGGACAAGAGAGACGUGGUGCACCUCAACAACGACAUUGUCACAGCCCCAGCUUUUUCUCUGCUCCUGGAGUUCAUGUACGAGGGCAAGCUGCAGUUCCAGGACCUUCCCGUGGAGGAUGUGCUAGCAGCGGCCAGCUACCUGCACAUGUAUGACAUUGUCAAAGUGUGUAAGAAACGUUUGAAGCAGAAGUCCCCGACCGAGGCGGACAGUACGCGCAGAGAAGAGGACGGCGGCUCCAGCUGCUCCGAUAAGGCCGACAGUCUCUCAGAAGGAUCCACAGGCCGGCCUGCUACUGCCGACCUGCUGCCCAGCGACGAAGAUGAGGAGGCCAAGGCCGAGCGAGGAGCGAUGUGGCUGAGACUGCCGUCUGCAGACAGAUCAGGGACGCCAGCCACGGCUACAACCAGCCCGGGGCACACAGAGGCGGAGACCCAGGCUGGGGAAGGAUUGAGGGAGGGGGUGAAGCGGCUCUCCCCGGCCGGCAGCCCCUCCAGCUCCACAGGGUCCCUCUCGCAGCGCUCACACCGCUCCGUCAGCUCUCGUGGAGGGCAGCGGGGCAGGAGGGUGUCAAACGAUGCAGCCGACUGCGUCCUGGACCUGUCAGUCAAGCCGAUCGCCGGUAGCAACCACAGCAAUCACCACCAGUCGUAUUUCAGCGGGGCAGCGACGCCAGACAGGCUCCAAAGCCCAUUGGCUGUGAGGGUGAAGGUGGAGAGGGGCGUAGCUUCGGAAGAGGAAGAGGAACUCGGAGGUGGGGACUAUGACAUGGAGCACAGCGGCAUCACCAAGGCCACAGUUCCCAUCACCAAUGGGGGCCUCGGGCACCACGGGGUCGGCGGGCCCCUGUCGGCCCAGAGGAGGCUCGGUCUGGAGGCCCACCUGUCUGCUCUGCGAGAGGCCUCCCUGGCCUCAGAGAUGGAGCGGGAGGAGAAGCCCUCGGCCACAGCGGACGACGAGGACAUACUGGGGGGCGAAAACGAGCGCGCCCAGGCCGAGGUGGCCAGCAUGGACAGCGCCCUGCUGCCCUACGUCUCCAACAUGCUGUCAGCUCAACACACUCAGAUCUUCAUGUGCCCGCUGUGCAACAAGGUGUUCCCCUCCCCGCACAUCCUGCAGCUCCACCUCAGCUCCCACUUUAGGGAGCAGGAGGGCAUCCGCGCCAAGCCCGCCGGAGACGUCAACGUGCCCACAUGCACCAUCUGCAGCAAGACCUUCUCCUGCAUGUACACGCUGAAGCGCCACGAGCGGACACACUCCGGAGAGAAACCCUACACCUGCACCACCUGCGGCAAGAGCUUCCAAUACUCACACAACCUCAGCCGGCACGCCGUGGUGCACACGCGUGAGAAGCCGCACGCCUGCAAGUGGUGUGAGCGGCGCUUCACGCAGUCCGGGGACCUCUACCGACACAUCCGCAAGUUCCACUGCGAACUGGUCAACUCAAUGUCGGUGAAGAGCGAGCCGCUGGCGCUGCCUAAUGUCAGGGACUGGGCGAUCGAGGACAGCUCGCAGGAACUGUGGAAGUAGAAACACACUGCAGGGUUUGAUAAAGGGAAAGAGCGGAGAGUGAAAGAAGGGCAGAGAGGCAUUGGGGGGUGAAAGGGAGAAGGCAGAAUUGAUAUGAGGGGUUCAAGAGAGUCAUGUUCGUGUGUGUCGCAAAAUCUCAUUCAAUUGCACUUUAAUAGCACAUGAAAAUGUUACUACUGAGUUUUUUUGUUGUUGCUGUUUGGGGUAAUUUUGUUUUGUUCUAUUUUAUUCUGAACUCUUAUUAUUAUUUGGCGUUAAGUUCUGUUUUGGUGGUUUUUAUUGCGUCUAAGGACGAGGGUCCCAGAGAGAAUGUCUCGCCUUCUGGGAGAGUUUUCACUCCGUUCGUGUUUCAUCUCAGACAAAAACACUCCGACGCUGGCCCCAGAUCCUCAGACAGCAAACGCCACCGCAAGAGUUCAGGUCGAACACACUGAAGUGGAAAAGCAUUACAAUACACUAAACGGGUACUGUGAUCAGCACACACACACACGGUUUGAAGAAGUGUGUGUGUGAUACUGCACUACUCUGGCAAAAAUGUCACCUGACGUGCGUGAGUGUGUAUGAGUGUGUUUUGUGUGUAUUAAUUUUAUUUUCUACUGGCAUGGAGGUGUGGUUGGCGAGGCGCUCCCCGCUUCUCGCUCUUUGGUGGUGUGUGUUCAGGGUAACGCUGACUGACAGACUAACUGAUGGCACUCAUGCAAUGCACAGCCUCCUUUUUUCACUUCCAAUCAAUUUGAAGUAUUUUCUAAAAAUGAAAAGACCUUUACAGAUUAUUAUAAUAAUUAUUAUUGUUAUUAAUAGAAUUUUUUCUUAAAUCUAGCUGGCAGUCUUUAAACCAUCUGUUGUUGGAAAGGUAUUUAAUUUAAGGUUGUUGUAUAUUGUUCUGCUAUAGUUUUAGAAUUUAAAUCCGUUACAUUUUUUUAAAAAUUAAUUAUUAUUAUUAUUAUUAUUUUGUUACUUUUUUUUGUAAUGGGACCUGCUGUUGUUGCAUGAUGUCCAAACCUGUAUAUUUUAAAAUACAAAUGUGAAUUUGCUGUAUUACUGUACACAUUGUAAUUGAUCAAAUAUUUGACAACAGGCUUUCUUUUUCUUUUCUUUGUGAAUACUACUCCAGGGUGCAGUCUGUUGAAAAUCUGAAUAUAUUUCUCACGACGUUGGGGAAAAAAAUGCAUGAGAAUUUGAUUUUGUCUUAAACCUUUUUCAGUUGUGGUUUUUGCGUCAGGCGGUGGGUGGGAGGUGUUGAACGUAAAACUUUUGACCGUGAAAAGUUGGAUUUUUCUGCUCGUUGUAGUUUCUGUCGCUGGGCCCGUAGAAGAAUGUUACCGAAUGUGUUUCCGUCGGGUGCUGAAGCGAUAUGAUGAAGCAUUUUAAGCCUGUGUGUAUAUGCACUGAUCUCUCUGCUGCGUGUGUGUGUGUGUGUGUGUGUGUGUUUGUGUGUGUGUUUAUGAGUGUGUUUAUGAGUGUGUGGCUUGGUUAUUACCAGUCAAUUUAAACCUACUGAAGAUCUACGUCCACCCAGCACUUCCUCCUCCUGCUCUUCCUCAGGCGUUCAAUGUCUCCACUGCUGUAUGUUUGUUCUCCACCUCUAAUGUGUCUGUCCUGUCUCCAGCUAUAGACGUGGUAAAGCCAUUUCCUAAUUCCUUUUGCUCAUUGGGCACUUACUUCAGGUCUGUUGAGUGCAGUUAUACGGCUCUGGCUUGGCUUUGGCGUGAAGAAUAACAGAGAAAAAAAAACGGAGCUGUCCUGCUGAAAGUGAAAGGGUUAGAUAUGUUUGUGCUGAAUCCGUACAAUGAAGUGAUGUGAAUGUGUUAACACGUCCAUAUGUGCGGGUGUGUGUGGGUGUGUGUGUUUUCCUCUUAAAACAUAAUCCUUACUCCGAGAUCGAUGGGAGAGAAUUGGCAUGCCUGAAUGCACCUUUUUAAGCUAAAAGACAAGAAAUCAGAUUUUUUGCUGAAAAGAUGCCUUUGUUAAAAAACAAAAACAUUUCUGACGCUAUGGAAGUAUUUGAUACUGUAAAGCAUUGGGAAGUUAAAAUCAUAUAUAAAUUCAUGGAAUUUAUCAGAAAAUGAUAUUAUAUUUUGAUCAUGUGAUUGGAGAACAAUUUUCUUUUGUAUGUGAAUGUUGUGUUCGAGUCGGGGGCUACACUGGUUGAUAAUCUUUCAGUUUUUUCAACUCUAGAAUUUUGUUAGAAUUUAAAAAUAAUGGUCAAGCGUUUUUUACAAUCUGGAAACAUUUGACACAGAGAUAAUUCAAAUUGAACGCUCUACAUUUCCCCUCACUCAGAUAUGUGUGUGUGUGCACGCCCCCAGUGAUGUGCAUGUGGUGGUGGGGGGCGGGGGGAGGGUGGUUGUCUGUGUUGCCCUGUCAUCUGGUGGCACCUACAGGCUUUGCCAAGGCAACAGUGUGGGUGACAUUGCGGCAGUUUGCACCGCAUCGUCUCAUUUCUCUUCUCUAAACGUUGUUCCUCCGCUGCAUAUGGGCUCACUCCAUCCUGCUGUUGUUUUCAUCAUUACUGCUGUGUUUUUUUUUUUGUUUUGUUCUGUUCCUCUGGUUGUACUUGACCGCCUUAAACUGCUGUAGUCCGGGCUGUUUUUCAAAUGUUUUAUUUUAAAAGUGUGAGCGUAGGGGGGGGGAAGGAGUUGUGGGAGCGAUGUCAACUGCUCAAGACGCUGUGAAGUAUCCGCCCCGACGAAACAUCUCCAUCUUUUGCUGUGCUUACUUGAAAACAAAAGGGGGGGGGUUUAUUUUAUUUUUUAUUUAAAGCAAGGUUUAAAAAUAUGAUGUUCAAAUGUCAUAGACAGUUUAUGGAAAAGGAAGAUGGGGGGAGGGGGGGGGGGUGGGCGUGAAGUGACUGAGUCUGUUUUGAAAAAGGACAAUCACUAUCUGGGAAAAAACAAGCAGAUUUUGAUUCAGAUAUAUUUGCUCCCUCUUGAGAUUAAGAAAUGUCUUUGCUUUUCUUUCAUGUUCCUUUUUCAGAUUUAGUCAUUUUUAGCUUUGACAAUCAUAGUUGGGUUAAUUAUUUUUUUUCUCAAGGGGAGUAAAUUCUAAUUGUGUUUAGUUUUGUAAUUUUUUGGUGUGCUGUUGUUGACAUUUUUAAAUUGUGUGCAAACUGCAAUAAAUUAUAAGAAUCUUGAAAUUCAA